GUAUUGUUAAGGUUGUGUGGAUCAGCACUGCGGAGUCCGGCUCCUUCCCGUAACGUUAACAACAUAGUAUUGCGAUGACUUGAAGUUGCAAGAAUUCCGUCAAGCCUACUCGGAGCGAAAGGUGGCGCUUCCAUUGGCUUGAGAGACAAGAGGGGACGAUGUGUGAAGGUGGGAGAACAACAAUGAUCCUGCACUUAAACUGAUCCACGCCUGCCAUUCAAUAACCCCCCCCCUCCCCCCUCCCCCCAAGGUGCUGCUCACUGCCAACCUCAAGUCAUGGCUAACUCAGUGGCCACCUUGGUGGUCCAACCAGAACUGUUACCUCCUCAGUCCUCCUCUUCCCUUUCUCCCUUCCCGUCUCUGCUGGGCUCCGGGGAGGACGUUGAGGAGCAUGGGGAGAGGGGGGAGCUGGCAGAGGGAGAAAAGGGGGUGGUGGAGGGUGGUGAGGAGGUGGUAUUGGAGAUGGUGACCUCAUCAGUGUCGGGCCCUAUCCAGCACCAGGAACAGUCGGACCACCCCUUCCACUGUCUUGACUGUGGUAAGAGCUUCCGUUGGUCGUCCAGGCUGACUCAUCACCAGCGCAGCCACAACAACGAGCGACCCUACCGCUGCAACCUCUGUCCCAAGGCCUUCAAGGGCUCCUCAGCUCUACUGUACCACCAGAGGUCUCACUCAGGAGAGAAGCCUUACAAAUGUCAGGACUGCGGUAAAGCCUUCAAGCGUUCAUCUCUUCUCCAGGUUCAUCAAAGUGUCCAUACAGGUCUGCGGACCUUCCUUUGCCCAUACUGCCCCUUGACUUUCAAAUGGAGCUCCCAUUACCAGUACCAUCUGCGCCAGCAUACCGGAGAGUGCCCGUACCCCUGCGACAGCUGCCCCAAGGCCUUCAAGAACUCCAGCAGUCUGCGACGGCACAAGAACGUCCACCUUGGCCUCAAACCUUACACCUGUUCGGUGUGCAACAAGUCUUUCACUCAGUCCACCAACCUGAGGCAACACAUGAGGAUACACACAGGGGAAAGACCUUACGUCUGUGGUGAGUGCGGUCGCAGCUUCACGCACUCAUCAAAUCUGGCCCUGCACAAAAACUCUCACUCCAAUGCAGGUGGAGGGGGCAAGGAAGGAAAGACAGUAGAGGAGAGUGUGGAGGGGAAUCAGAUUGUGGAGGUGGUGGUGGGGUCGGAGGAAAUGACGUCGUCCAUGUUGACAGACAUGGUGGGCUUUGUCAGCCAGGAAGGUGCUGUGGGGGUCGGGGUGGAGGAGGUUUUCCUGUCUGCCAGUUCCUCGAGCCAUAAUCAGAGCCUCCUUCCCCAGCUCACCCUCACCCACUCUGGGGCAAGCGUGUGCACAUCCAGGGCCAUCGGGACCGAAGUUCACCUCAGCACAGACACAGGGGCCAGCGUGCUGCUGUAUAGCUGUGGCAGCUGCAACCAGACCUUUGGCACACGGACUGAGUUGGAGGAGCACCAGGCCAUCCACAUGGUCCCAGGGGAACGAGCGGGCAGUGGGGAGGCCCGGCCUGGGGCAGAGGCAGGGAUCGAGGUAGGGGUGGGGCUGGUGGGAGCGAGCCACCUGCUGGCUGACUUCGAGGAGGUGGUGGAGACGACCACAGUGACGGAAAAUGGGCACACAGCCGAGGAGCUUCUCGGACUGACAGAGGGAGUAGAAGGAGACAAUGGAAAUGUGGGCCCCAGCCAGACGCAGUUUGACCUGCUGCAUAGCUUUUCAGAGGUGACUCAGAGCUCUGAGAGUGUCCAGGCCGAGGCCAGAACCACAGGGGCAGGGCUGCAGUGUGGCUACUGCAGCAAGAUCUUCAAGACCAGCGGAGGCCUCAACAGACAUGUCUCAGUGACGCACUCUCUGUCAUCACAGUCCCGCUCCCAGUUCAGCUGCUCAGCGUGCGACCGCUCCUUCCCUCUUCUGUCCUCACUCCUCACGCACCAGCACUCGCACACACCUGAGCAGCGUCUCCUGGCUGAGGCGGAGGCUGAGAUCGUGUGCCCCCCUUCCCUCUCCCUGUCUCUGCCCCUGCCCUCCUCCCCCAGCCAGGCGGACAAGCAGCAGGAGGGCCAAAGGGAGAUCCACGUUGAUAUUAUCACCAUUGGUGAGGAGCAGGAGGACCAGCCAACCAAGCCAGCCAAGGCUCCCAAAAGGGCCGUGGCCAGUAAGAGUACCCCUGCAGGAGAGAGACCAUAUCGCUGCUCAGAGUGCGGCAAAGCCUUUAAGGGCUCAUCGGGGUUGAAGUACCACAUGAGGGACCACACUGGAGAGAGACCCUACCGCUGCACCGAGUGUGGGAAGAGUUUCAAGAGGUCCUCACUCCUCUCCAUCCAUCAGAGGGUACACACAGGUGUAAGAGCUUUCCAGUGCCCCCACUGCCCUCUCACUUUCAAGUGGAGCUCCCAUUACCAGUAUCACCUGCGGCAGCAUACGGGUGAAAGGCCAUAUGUGUGUAAGGAGUGUGGUAAAUCCUUCAAGAAUACGAGUUGCCUGCGUCGACACAGCCAGAUGCACUCCGGCCUGCGGCCACACAUUUGUUCCAUCUGCUCCAAGUCCUUUUCACAGACAUCAAACCUCAAACAGCAUGAACGCACCCACUCUGGGGAGAGGCCCUUCCAGUGCACCCACUGCAAUAAGAGCUUUACACACUCCUCCAAUCUCCAGCUGCACCUUCGCACACACUCCUCACGCAAGGACUUCAAAUGCCCCUACUGCUUUAAGGAGUUUGUCAUGCACUCCUACCUGCAGAGGCACAUUCGAACACACGGCAACGGAGCGACCCUACUGGGCCCGGGCAGUGGGGGCAAGGACGGAGUGGCAGUGAAAGCCAGCGUCGGGGGAGUAACAACCACCACCACCCUACUCAACCCCAUCACUCUGGAGGCCUCAGGAAACAAUGGCAGCCUGAUUGUAUCCCAGCCAUCCCUGGACAUCCCCCCAAACACCUCCCAGAACUACUUCAUGAUCCAGACGGCCAGUGGCCUGCAGCUCAUCCCCCUGUCCGCCCCCACGCCCGCUCCCCCGCCUCCUCCACCACCCCCACCACCGCCUCCUCCCCAACCCCAAAACUACUACAUCCUGCAGUGCUCCUCCGCCAACGGCAGUCAGCCGAGCCUAAUUCUGGUCCCCGCAGCAAACAACAACCCCCCAACCCCGCCAGAACCACGGGCUCUCCCGUUGCUUCAGACGAUCCCGGGAAUCCAGCCUGUCCUGAAUCCCGUCCAGACCCAGAUUGCACACUUUCCAACUAUAUCUCGACAGCAGCAGCAGCAGACCAGGAUCAUCAUUGCCAACAACAGCAACAAUGCAAUUACUCCCGUUGCCACGUUAACACACGCCCCCUCAACAGCCAAUCCCCUCCUUGGCAAGCCCAUACUUGGACGACGCACGCGGACUGCCAGGGGCAGACGAGCACGCAAGCCCAAAGCUGCCCUUCAGAACUCUCUGCCGGCUCCAGUGAGUGGGGUCGGUUCUGGAGUUGUGUCACUGACAAACUCUAACAUGACUUUCGCAACAACCGUCCCUGCUGCUAACACUCCGACAACAUUGGCAUCAACAACAGCAUCGUCAUCAUUGUGUGUAUCUGUAGUUUCGCCCAGUUCUAUGUCAUCCCUCACCACUGGGACACCAUCUUCAUCCGCUUCCUCUCUAGCUGCCACCCCCAUAGAUACCUCAGGACCCCCACUGGGGGUUGCGACAGUUGCACAGACUGUCACUGUAACCCCAACAUCAGAUUCCACUUCUGUCGCUGCAGCACUGGGGGAGGUGAGGGCGGAGGAGGCCAUGGUAGGGAAACGAUUUGUGUUGUGUUUUGAUAAUGACGGUGUGACAAAGGAGGGGGUUAAUAUCAAAGGGGAUGGGGAGUCAUAUGUGUUACAGUUUGAAGGGGGCGGGUCAGGUGAGGCAGGGGAGGAAGGGGUUGGCAGACAAGGCAAGUCAUUUGUGCUGCAGUUCAAGACCGAUGGGCAGAGUGAGGGAGAUGGAGGGGGAGAUAAGGAAGGGGUGGUGUCGCUCCUGCAAGAGUGGGGAGGGGAAAAGGAGGGAGAGCCACAGACGGGAGAGGAGGGCAGGCAGGAAGAAUCCUUUGUCCUUCACUUCCAGACCGAGGAGCCAGACAAGGGCCAAUCUAAUGCUAGCUAUUGCCAAGGCCCAGACAGCAGCCUUGAGCUUUCCUGCACCCCCAUCCAAGGCUUGACGCCUCUCGACGGGCAGGAGAUGGUGUUUAAACUGGGAGGUGAGACAACAAUUGAGCAAGAAGCUGGGGAGGGUGUGCAGAUGAUAGCCCUGAUUGAGGGAGAGGGUGAAACGAUAGGGGAAGAGGCAGCUUGCAGUUCUGGAAGUGGAAGAGUUGGUGAGGGAGGGAGAGCCAUGGAGGGUAUCUUCCAACUGGAAGGAGGAGAGGGAAUUGUCAUCAUUGAGGUGAGCACCAGCAGCCUAAGAGAAGGAAGGGUGAAUCGACUGGGGGAUGAGGAGAUUUCAGAAGGGAGUGAGGUGAAAGAGGGGGGUGUAUUGUCAGAGGCAAAUGAGAGCCCUGAGAAGGAGUGUUGCUCUACAGACAGCACAAAAGAACGGACUGACUCAACCGAAGAAGCAGUAAGAAGAACUAUACCAAACCCCUCAGACUAAUUAAAGUCAGUAUGGGUCUUGAUGCGUGUAUGUGCGCGUGUGUGAGCAUCUCUGCAUCCCGCAACUGACGUGUGUAUGAACUCUCCUCAGCUGCCUUAGAUUUCCUUGGAACUGUAAUUGGACAUACGGAUAGAACAGUCCUGUGUUGUAAAGCCAUGGUGCCGCAAACCGUAAAGGUUACAAACUCAAAGAGGCUGUUUAUGGAACUUGUUUAUGGAAAAUAUUAAAUAUAUUAGUAAUAUUGACAUUGGCAGUUUUUCAUAAAGUAAAAGAGAUUUUUUUGUGAAUAAAUGUGUAUAUGGCUCAAGUUGAUCACAACUAUUAGUAAAUAAUAAUAAUAAUAAUA